AUGAAAUAUAGAACAUUUACUGAUCAGGUAUCAAGUUACAUCAAGAGUAAAGCGGAACUCAUGACUUGUAUACCAUUUGGAUCUUCUUCUGAAAAGAAAUUAACAAAAGAAGACAAAAUGGCAGCUAUAGUUGCAAUCGAAGACUGGCCCAAGUGUUACUUUGAGGAAGUCUUCGAUCUUGAUGUAACUAUGACAAAUAAUACGAUGUUAACCAACAUGGUUAACUCGCACUCAAGCGAUCAUGAUCAUAAUUCGAGUUCUUCGAACAUGAUCAGGGAAGCUGAUAAUAGUUUUCAGACUAACGUGGAUUCAGAAACGAAUACAUUUGAAUUGAAUCCAAAUAGGUUAUCUAUGGAUUCAAUUCAUUUUGCUUUAAGACCAAAUUUUGAAAGAACCUCGGGGAAGAGCACCAGAUCAAACUGGGAAAGUAAUGAAGUUACACCAGAAAACGAUCAAUUUAUUGAAGUACAAACAUCUGAUGACAGCAGAGAUACAGAAGUAAAAAGAAGGUGUAUUAGGGGAAUCGAUUCUAUAGAUACUUCAGGAUCAGAAGAAUUACAUUUUAAUCAAGCAGGCAAAAAUGUUAUUGUCCAAGAGACAACCACGUUAGACCAUUCCGAAAGCUUAAGUAAUUUUAUUCCGAACACGAAGGAAUUAAAUGAAGCUUCAGAAAGGACUAUCAAAGUAAGACCUAAAGAUAGGAGUAAGAGGCACCCGCUUGAAAGUACUCUUACGUUUAAAAAAAAAACUGUUCUCAGGAAAACAAAAGAAAGGAGUAGGUUAAAUCUAGAUUCUUCAGAGACCACUUCUUUAAAUCGUAAGAUAAAUCCAAAGAAAUCAGUUUUUGACUCAGACCUAUCUUCAAAAAACAAGAUAGAACACUUUCUGAAGCAAAAGCUACUUUCGAAAUGUAGAAGAUGGGAGAUUAACAAAUGGAUCCCGAUCGAUGAGAUCAAUCAGGCUGGUGGGAAGCUACUUGCACUCUUGACAGCUAAACUAAGCGAUCAUAACAUAAAACAAUCUAAAUAUGAUGCCAUUCAGAAGCAGUGGGUUAGAAUUGCCAAUGCAAUGAUGUUAACAGCUGCUAGUAAUGAUAAAAGCUGGUUGGAUUUAGAUAGAUUUAUUAGUGUAAAAUCACUCAUUACUACAUCAAGGAAAAGGAAAGAAAGACUAUUAUCAAAAAUAUCUUCAGCAUGGAAGAGUCGAAAGUCUUCGAAAGUAGAAGGUAAAAAUACCAAUGGAAAAGCUCUUAUGUUAGCGAGGAUUGAAGCCAAGAGCAAGCACUUUAACAAAAUUACAAGUUUUAUAGAUAAACUUCGUGAUGAAGUGCAACAUCUUAAGAGUAAAGAAAAGAGGUACAAAAAUCUUGAAUUGGAAAGGAAAGCACGGUUCCUUUUCAACAAGAAACCCUUUUUGAAAACAGUCGAAAAUGUCUUUCAUAAAGUUAAGAAAGCGACUGUACUCGAAAAAGAUUGUAUACAAUUCUAUAAGAUGUUGUACUCUAAACCAAUGAAGGUAGCUACUCCAGAAGUGGAUAAAUGA